AUGGUCCAAUUCAACACCUAUUAUCUCCUUACCAUCAUCGUUAUCUCGUGCGGGUCUAUUCCCAAGGGCUACGAUGAAGGCGGGUUCAGCGCGUCAACGGGCCUGGCGUCCUUCAAGGAGGAUUUCGGCCUCGUCUCGAGCCUCUGGAAGGGCAAUGAGUCCGGUUUGGCUGACCGCAAGGCCAACAUUUCGUCGUUUGGUGUCCUCGGCGCCGCCUUCGGUUCCAUUAUCGCGCUCGCCGUAAAUGACCGCCUCGGACGAUUGAGGGCGUGGCAGCUCUUCAUCGCUGUCUGGAUGACGGGUUGUCUGAUGCAGGUCUUCUCGUCCGGCAUCCUGGGGUUUAUGCUCUUCGCCCGGAUAUGGGGCGGGCUCGGCGCCGGAGGACUUACGGUUGUUGCGCCGCUGUACCUCUCCGAGAUUGCGCCCGCGAGGUCGCGCGGUAUGGUCGUCAGCAUAUACAUGGUCGUGUUACUGUCGUUCCUCACCAUUGGCUUCUUCAUCAACUACGCCGCGAACGCGACCCUCGCUGCGACGAGGCUGCAGUACCGCCUCGUCAUCGCCGUCCCCCUCAUCCCCGUAGGCAUAGCCUUCAUCGCCUCCUUCUUCCUCGACGACACCCCGCGCUGGCUCGCCUCCCGAGACCGUGGCGACGAAGCGCUCGCCGUGCUCGCGAAACUCCGGCACGCCGACCCGAGCGACCAAGCUCUCGCCCAUGAAUACGACGAGAUCCACGAACAGAUCCGCACGCGGCAGCAGAUCCUCGCCGACUCUUCGACAUGGGCCAUCAUCAAGGACAUUGCCACGAUCCCUACCUACCGCACGCGCUUCCUCCUCGGUGCCGUCAUGCAGACUGUCGCGCAGUGGUCUGGCGGGAACGGCAUCACAUACUACAUCCCUGAGAUCUUCCGGUACGCCGGUGUUGUUGGGGAUAAUACCUCCCUCAUCACUAGUGGCGCGUACGGCGCUGUCAAACUUGUGUUUACAAUGGUCUUUACCUGGGGUCUCGUUGACGUCUUCGGUCGUCGCCGGUGUUUCAUUACGGGCUUGUUCCUGCAGUGCAUCACGCACGUAUACAUGGCCAUCUACAUGGCCAUCUGGAUUGACGGUACGAACAAGUCGGCCUCCGAUGCCGCGAUCGCCUCCGUCUUUGUCUAUGCCGUCGGCUGGUCCAUCGGCUUGUGCACGGUACAAUACCUUUACGGCACAGAAAUCUACCCGACCCGCAUCCGCAGCGUCUGCUAUGCCAGUAACAUGGCCCUGCACUGGUUUUUCCAGUUCGCUGUAGUGCGCGUGACGCCCAACAUGUUUGUCAGCCUCGACGUAUGGGGCGCGUACGUUUUCUGGGCGGUCGUCUGCGGCGUUGGCCUUGUGGUCCUCGGCCUGUGGGCGCCGGAGACGAAGGGCAUCCCCAUGGAGAGGAUGGAAGAGCUGUUUAGCGGUCGGUGGUGGAUGGGAUGGAGGGCCAGUGUGGAUUUGGACUCGAGCGAGACGAAGCCUUUUGGCAGAGGCGACUCAUCGGGCAAGGAGUCAAAAGAAGCCCCAUUUGCGCAUGACCGGAAGACGGAUGUCUGA